GAAGCCAACGCGAGGCUGAGCCCCAUCUACUAGCGCUGAGUCUUAGCGCGUCGUGUGUGCGCCUCGCUCUCUUCCCUUGCAUAUCGCCUAGGUUAAAGCGAACAAUACAGGGAGUAAAGAUGGCUAAAGGUGACCCGAAGAAGCCGAAGGGGAAGAUGUCUGCUUAUGCCUUCUUUGUUCAGACCUGCCGUGAAGAACACAAGAAGAAGAAUCCGGAAGUUCCCGUCAACUUCGCAGAGUUCUCCAAGAAGUGCUCAGAGAGGUGGAAGACCAUGUCAAGCAAAGAGAAGGGGAAAUUUGAUGAGAUGGCUAAAGCUGAUAAAGUGCGGUAUGAUAGAGAGAUGAAGGAUUACGGACCAGCAAAGGGUGGUAAGAAGAAGAAGGACCCCAAUGCCCCCAAACGGCCACCGUCUGGAUUCUUCCUGUUCUGUUCAGAAUUCCGUCCCAAGAUCAAAUCCACUAAUCCUGGCAUCUCCAUUGGAGACGUGGCAAAGAAAUUGGGUGAAAUGUGGAACAACCUCAGUGAUGGGGAAAAGCAGCCUUACAACAACAAGGCUGCAAAACUGAAGGAGAAGUAUGAGAAGGAUGUGGCUGACUACAAGUCUAAAGGCAAGUUUGAUGGUGCAAAGAGUGCUGCGGCUAAAGCUGCUGCUGCAGCUCGAAAAAAGGUAGAAGAGGAGGAGGAUGACGAAGAAGACGACGAGGAGGAAGAUGAUGAGGAGGAGGACGAUGAAUGAGAAACUGUAUAAUACUUGUCUCCAUGUGAAUACCAUAGAGUAGGGGAAACACCAUUUGGAAAAAGAGAAAACAAAACAAGGCACCUGUUGCUUAAGACGGUGUCUUUAUUUGCCCUUUUUAUUAGGCUUAAAUGACACAAUUUGGAUUCUGACCACACCAUACGUAGCUCCUUUGGGGAAGAGAAUUUCGAAUAAAACAUGCUCUAAGGGGGGGAAAGAAGGAAGGAAGAAAGCUUAAAAGCAACCAAACCACAGUUUACGUUAAGUGGCCACGGGUUACACCCUGAAACUGUAACAAAGUUGUACAUAUUUCCAAACAUUUUUAAAACGAAAAAAAAAGAAAAAAAAGUGGGAGCAAGGUGCUCUCGUGUUCUCCUCAACUCUGUGCACUUUCCUGUUGGUGUAACAAAGCAUUUAAAAAUGUUUCUCAAGCAUCUUAUUUUUUAAUUUGUAAGGUGGUGUUUUAACUAUAUGGUUAUUGGCUAGAAAAUCCUGGGUUAUAAAACUGUACAUAUCUAUAGUUUGUAAAAACUAGACAGAUUCUUGUGGUUCAUGCUUUGAGCAGUGAUGCCCUCAGGGUGGGAAGGCAAAUGACUCACUGAAGGUUGUAAUGUUAUUCCACAGAGGGGUCGUGUCUCAAAGCACGCUCUACGAAAUUAGAUCUAUUUACACUACAGUGGGCGUCCAUUUAGCUUAAAGUUGUCUUUCUGUAUAUAGUGAAACUAGCAUUCUGCGGCCAUUCUUAGUUGUGGAAGGGGAGGGGGGGACUUCAACUGGCAUGAGAAAAUGUAUGGAAUCUUUUUUUUCUUUCCCUUUUUUUAGUUAAGCGGGGUAGUUUUUAAACGGAAACUGUAGGUCUCUUCGUUGUCAGCUUAAAACGUGAAGAGAGGGCGCAGAAAACAAGUUCAAAAACACUCUGUACUUAAAAAGAGAAACAAAAAUUUGCAAAAACGUUAUGUUGGUUUUUUUUGUAUGUUUAGAAUGCUGAAAUGUUUUUGAAGCAAAAAUAAACAGUAUUACAUUUUUCAAACCUCUUGACAAUAUUCUAAAAAUUUUCUGCUUUGAACAAGGUUCCCUGCAGCAGCAGCAGCAGCAAAAGGAAACAUUAGCAGUUCUGGCAGUGUCAACCCAGCCAGUGGACCAGGUUAAAACUUAUAGCAGAUAUUUUUUCCCCCACUUUCCCAAGGAUGAACAUGAAGUACAGUUUCAAUGCUGGUCUAGGAAAGGUGACUACUUGAGUUAAAGAUGCUAUGCAAGUUUGAGUCUCUUACUCCUUUGAAAGUAGGAGGCUUGUGACCUUAAAUUGUGUGAAUUACCACCAUUUGGAAAGGUAGGUGACUAAGGGGGAGCAGAUGUUUCUUUCUAGCUGUGUUGGGUACCUUUAUAGCCCAAAUGCUAUGCUUUGUAAAUAUUAAAAUGUGCCUUUUUUGUCCUGUG